CUCUCACAAACACAUACAAACACUCACACAACACACAAAAAAACACAGGGAAGAGCUGUUUCUUCUUUUGCUUUCGAAUGCAUAUCUGCACAUUGUGAACUCUUGCGCUGUUCUGAACAAUGGCACAAGCAACACGACGACCUCAGCUGGAACUGUCUCUCCUCCUUCUCGUGCUCCUUCUUGGCACUGCUCAUGAGGUUCACAGUCUGGAAGGCAAGAAAGCUCUCAGCUUGAGAAACUCGCUCUGGGAUCAGCUGACCAGCACUCCAAACUGCUUCUCUCAGAAAUCAAUACAAAAGAAUGGUGCAACCAUAUUGGAAAUAGUACACCAGGCUCACUGCUCGGGGAAGACCGUGAACUGGAACCAGAAGCAGCAAAAGCGCUUAAUUUUGGAUGAUGCCCGGGUCCGAACGCUCCAACAUCAUAUAAAAAACGCAAACUCCAACGACAUUAAAGAUGUUGCAAAAACUCAACUUCCAUUAACUUCUGGUGUACAUCUUCAGACUCUAAAUUACAUAGUCACCAUGGAACUGGGUGGUAGAAAUAUGAGUGUGAUUUUAGACACGGGGAGUGAUCUCACGUGGGUCCAGUGCCAACCUUGCACAGUAUGCUAUAGCCAACAAGACCCUCUAUUCAAUCCUUCUGCUUCUCCUUCCUACAAAUCAAUUCUCUGCAAUUCAUCGACUUGUCAGUCCCUAGAAUAUGCCACUGGGAACUCAGGAGUGUGUCGUCCCAGAACACCAAUAUGUAACUAUUUUGUUAGCUAUGGAGAUGGUUCCUACACUCGUGGCGAGCUUGGUGUGGAACAUCUGAACCUCGGAGCGACUCCACUGGACAAUUUUGUAUUUGGGUGUGGGAGAAACAACAAAGGCCUUUUUGGAGGUGCUUCUGGUCUUAUGGGUCUGGGGAGAAGCUCUCUUUCAAUGGCCUCUCAAACUUCAAACCUCUUUGGUGGUGUUUUCUCAUAUUGUUUGCCAUCUGCAGAAGUUGCAGAGUCAGGGUCUCUAGCUUUUGGUGGUGACUUUUCAGUCUAUAAGAACAACACUCCCAUUUCUUACACUGCUAUGAUCCCAAACCCGCAGCUGCCUACCUUCUACUUCCUUAAUCUUACUGGUAUUAGUGUUGGUGGAGCGGCGAUACAGUCUCUGAGUUUUGGUAAAGCUGGAAUUCUGAUCGAUUCCGGUACAGUGAUUUCAAGACUUCCUCCCUCAAUGUACAGGGCUCUGAAGGAAGCAUUCCUGAUGAAAUUUACUGGAUAUCCUCCAGCACCAGGCUUCUCGAUCUUGGAUACGUGCUUUAAUCUGAGUGCAUAUCAAGAAGUGGAGAUCCCUACAAUAGACAUGCACUUUGAUGGUGAUGCCAACUUGAAAGCUGAUGUGAAUGGGAUAUUUUAUUUUGCAAAGACUGAUGCAUCUCAGGUGUGCCUGGCCCUGGCAAGCCUCACAUACGAAGACGAGAUCGGCAUCAUUGGUAAUUAUCAGCAGAAGAACCAAAGGGUUGUAUAUGACACCAUGGGAUCUAAAUUGGGAUUUGCAGGGGAAACUUGUAGCUUCGUAUAAAAGGACCUUGAAAGCAAAUAAGUAUGUGGUUGUGAAUAUAUUCAAGAGGAAAAGCCAAGAAGCUUGUUGGCCGAAAAAGAACGGGUAGUGGUUUUUUCCUAUUCCAUAGUAAACUAAAGUGGUAUUGGUUACCUCCUGAGAAAGUACAAGAAACUUGAGUGGAGUGUGGUUUCCGUGUGAUAUCUUUGACAUGCAAUAGUACUUU